AUGUUUAACAAACAUCACCGUGCUCAAUCGAACAGUAUUUACUACUCUAUUGCGCUGCUUUCAUUUUGUGCUUGGCUGUUAGGAACCUUCAUGAUACAAUGCACUGCAGUAUGUACUAAUAACAGUGAUUGUGGAGUGAGAAAAUUCCUUGCAGAUUUGAAAACUGAAAGGGGAAACCUCAUGUCGAGUUAUGAAAAGUUAUCGAAGGGUAUUGCCUUGCUUAAUAGUACUCUCACUAAUAGUACAACUAUCAUUCUCAAUACUCGUGUUAAACAACUUGACAAGUUAAAGACAGCCAUUUCCUCCUUGGAUUUGGAAAUUUCUGCUAUCGAUGCAAGAUGUGCUACCACUGUUGGAAUGGAUUGUGAUUCGUGUGCAGAUGGUUACACAAACUUUCCAACUUGUAACGUUCCAACAUGUUUUGGAAUUUCCUCUACAAACAAGUCGAGCGUUUGUUCUGGAAGAGGUUCUUGUAUUUCACCUAAUACUUGUAAUUGUACAUCUCCUUAUUAUGGUUCCUAUUGUCAGAAUACCACUUGUACCAGUCUCCCAACUCUUAUUCACAAGUAUCAAUUGGUCAAUUCUAAUGGUCAAGAUGACUUUGGUUUAGAUUUGACAGCUUACGGAACUAUCUCAUAUUCAUCCACUGAUGUUCCAAAUGGUGCUCCAAAGAGUGUUGUCUUUAAUGGAGUGAAUACAGGAUUAUCUUCUACUACCAACAUUGCCUUUGGCCCUAGUCAAACUUUGGCUUUAUGGAUGAAGAAGAAUAAUGCUAAUACUGGUAUUGCUUGGUCUGUGGGAACGGGAGGUCCAUAUAUUGAGUUUAGUGCUCAAGCCUUCAGUUUGUAUGCAUAUGGUAACACUAAAUUGGGAACUAGUGAUGCAAUUUUCACAUCAGAUGUUUGGCAUCAUAUUGCUUUGGUUUUCAAGACAUCAACAGUUGACUUGUAUGUCGAUGGAGCAUUGCAAAAGACCUUUGCUGGGGCAGCGGGUUCACCAACUAACAGAUUAGUGUUUGGAUGUUAUGGUGGAGCAUGUGCAAGCAAUUAUUACUGGGCAGGUUCCAUGGCUAACAUUUUGUACUUUAAUUCUGCAUUGAAUGCUGCAGAAGUUCAGAAUGUGUAUAAGGCAACGUUGAUUUGUUAA